AUGUUUGCGCCGAAAUUUUACUUUCUCUUUAACCUUGGAGCUACGGAUAUGAAACUUACAAGCUCGAUCGCUGUUUGUCCAGCGCUGGCCAUGGCGCGGAAUAUUACGUUGUACAAAGAUGAUCCGCUUGUUCCGACUCCACUGCCGCCAUCACAUGCUGCAUCCGAUGGACCAGCUAUCAUCCACGCCUUUCAGAAAUUGAGUCGUUCUACAACAUGGAAAAGUGUUCAGAAUAUCACUUUUGAGGGAGACACUUUUGAACCUGAGGGUAUUGUACGCCUUGGUGAUGAUCGAUAUGUCGUUAGUUCAGGACAUUGGACUAUCCCAACCAAAAAGUAUGGAAAGAUCAUCAACGGCACAGAUCGCUCUGCUGGAGCGGGAAGGGCGCAUUUUAUGGUUUAUAAUGGAAAGGGAGAGAUGAUUGCUGAUUCGACGAUUACGAAUGAAGGGGAUGAUGAGUAUCAUAAUGGAGGUAUCGACUUUGAUGGUCAGUAUAUCUGGGGAACUAUCGCGCAAUACCGUCCAAACAGUACUGCAUACGUCUAUCGAACCGACCCUUCGACACUCGUCCCAGAGCGUGUUCUCAACUACAACGACCAUCUUGGCGGUAUAGUCCACGACACACGCGCCAAUUCCAUCACAGCUCUGAACUGGGGAUCACGUCGCGCCUCAACAUGGAAUCUCAGAUCCGUCCACGCAGGCUGCGACGCAUCGCCCUCACCAGAAACAGUCAUCCAAAAUCCAAGUCAUUUUAUCGACUACCAAGACUGCAAAUGGCUCGGUCACAGCGGCUUCUACAAUGGAAAAAGCAUAAUGCUAUGCUCGGGUGUAUCUACUAUCGGAAAUUAUAAUCUCGGUGGUAUUGCGCUUGUGGACGUCAAGACUAUGGUUCCUCUUGCAGAAGUGCCUAUUGAGAUGGAGACACCAAUGAUCCUCCAAAUCUGCCGUGACUCCCGCGCAGCAGCCCUCAGCCAAGGAUUCUUCUUUACCCUCAACGACUCCGGCCAAAGUGUAUAUCUUAUCCCCAAAACAGAUAUGAUAUACCUCAACGAUUACGCAGUUACAUACCUAAAAACUGCAGACUCUACCGGGGUUCCAGGCCUGGAAACAGUUCUCAACGUUGGUUUUGCCUGGACUCGCUUAUUCUGCUUAGGAGGAUCAAUCCCCCACAAGAAAUGCUGGAGAAGAGGUGUAAAGCGUCUUUACAUCCACAUGCCGCUUCUUAAAACGCUCAAUUAUAUCGCGUUUAACUGCUCCAAAACGAGACAGCGUGGGCUUGCGAUGGAGCCUUUUUCAGAGAACACUAGAAUCCAGCGGACUGAAACGCACAAUGAUACGUUCAAGAGGGCUUACCCGCCAUGGAGCUGGGUGAAGAGUUGGGUAGAGGACGCGCUUGAUGGGUUCUAUAAAAUGAGCUCGCACAAACAGGCAGCCCAGUUCUCAUCUCUCCCACAAGAGAUACGGGACCAGAUCUGGACUCUCACUCUCCCCUCGCGUCGCAUCUUCAGCCUCGAUAAAUCUCAGGAUGAUGAACAGCACGCCUACGCCCAUACCUUCAAAAACCCAUAUACACUUCCAUUGGCUCUUCAAACCUGCCGCGACUCUCGAGAAACAGCCCUCCGAAAAGGCUUCUUCCUCACACCACCCCACUCCAACAAAAGUGUGUACUUUAUCCCAGAAACUGAUAUUCUCUACUUCGGCCGCGUAGAGUGUCAACGUUUAAGAAAGAAAGAAUCCAUCGACGUCCCCGGAUUUGAUAGAGUUAUCAACAUUGGCUUCGAAUGGGCGUCUUUCUUCGAAUACGACCCUGAUAAGAGCAUCGUCGCGACCAAGAUAUACUGGAGAACGGUCGUAGAGUGCCUUUUCGUCCAGAUGCCCCAUCUCAAAACGCUGAAUCAUAUACAUGCUGUGCCGAUCGGUAAGCUGCACUAUGAGUAUGGGCUUGUCCCAUUGCCAGCAAGGAGCACAGUUUCUUGGCAAGGCACGGUUGAGAAUGGGCGUGCGUUCGUGGUUGCGAAGUGGAGAGAUGUGAAAGGGUUUAUUGAGAAGGCGCUUGAGGAGAGUGAACGUAGGCCUGAGAUAUUAGGAUGGAAGAUAAAUGCGUCAGCAAUUGGUCCAGAAGCUUUCUCUUCUCUUUUUGAAACAUUUUUGAUGAGUUAA